AGCUUGGGGCCCCCAGAGCCUCUCCCCUGUGGCCGCCAUGCCGUGGCCCUUCUCAGAGUCCAUCAAGAAGAGGGCCUGCAGGUACCUGCUCCAGAGAUACCUGGGCCACUUCCUGCAGGAGAAGCUCAGCCUGGAGCAGCUCACCCUGGACUUGUACCAAGGCACAGGCACCCUGUCCCAGGUGCCCCUGGAUAAGUGGAGCCUUAAUGAAAUCAUGGAGUCCGCGGAUGCCCCCCUGGAAGUAACGGAAGGCUUCAUACAGACCAUCUCCCUGUCGGUGCCUUGGGGGUCCCUACUACAAGAUAACUGUGCGCUAGAGGUGAAGGGUCUGGAGAUGGUGUUCAGGCCAAGACCUCGACCACGUUCUGCCUCUGAGCCGAUGUAUUGGUCCAGCUUUAUGACCAGCAGCAUGCAGCUGGCCCGGGAGUGUCUGAGCCAGAAACUGACCGAUGACCAGGAAUCCUCGCAGCCUUUUGAGGGGUUGGAGAAGUUUGCAGAAACCAUAGAAACCGUCCUGCGACGGGUCCGAGUCACUUUUAUUGACACCGUAUUUAGAAUAGAGAACAUCCCUGACAACUGUAAAACUGGCUGCGCCCUUGAAAUUAGAAUCAGCAGGACUGUCUAUUCCGAUGAGACGGUGGACGAGCAGUCCGGUAUCAAUGUCCACAGACCUUCUGCCUUUGCUCAUAAAGUUCUUGAACUGAGCGGAGUCUCCUUCUUCUGGGAUGAGUUCUCGGCAUCUGCAAGAUCCUCACCUGUUUCUUCUACUUUGCACGUGGAAACUGAACCAAAACUGUCUCCGAGCUGGAACCCCAAACCAGUGUUUGAGCCCCAUCCACAGUUCACAAGGAGCGUAACCGAAGUCACUCCCUCUGACCCAGUACAGAUCGCCACGCUGGUCGGCAAAAUUGAGCUGGGGCUAAUCCUGAAACAGAAUGAAGUCCUUCCGGGGGCAAAGCUGGAUGUGGACGGUCGGGUGGAUUCUUUUCACGUCUUCCUUUCUCCUCGACAAGUUCACCUUCUGCUGGACAUGCUGUCGUCCAUUGCAGGGCCAGAAACCACUGACCGAUUGGGCAUGUCUAGAAAAGACAGGAAGAGCCGCCCGAUGCAACAAGAGGAUGAGUUACGGCUUCAGAUGGAGCUGAAACGGUAUCUGAGAAAGGAAGACUUGUCCGGGGGGGCAUCUGCGGAACACAGCUUCUAUGAGACAGACACAGCAAAGACCCCUUCUAGCCAUGAUGAAGAAGUUUUCUUCUCGAUGGCAGAUAUGGACAUGUCUCACAGCCUCUCCUCCCUCCCACCUCUUGGAGAUCCACCAACAGUGGAUUUAGACCUGUCACUGACUAGCACUUACAACAAUUCUCCUGUUGGAUCACCACUAGGGGGCACUGCGGCAGCAUGGAGUGACUACCAGGAGCACGGUCGAUUGGAAGAGCCGGCAGCACGAGGGGCUUCAUUCAAACCUAGUGUGCAGCAAAACUCCCUUCGCAGAACCUCACUACCAAACCGAUCUGUGUCGCUGGAUGACUCUCGGCCUGAGCUCGUGUUCAGACUUGCUGUGGGCUCGUUGUCCUUCUCGGUGCUACAUAUUGACCCUCUACCACCAACCGAGAGCACAUCCAGCCCUAAUCCACUGACACCGCUGUCUCUCAGCUUCUUCAGCCGCAUUGAGACGCUGGAUCCACAAACCUUUGCACAACAGGACUUUACCUUUUUACGGAAUGUUUUUGCUGAAGCAUGCACGCACGAUCACCUCAGGUUCAUAGGGACACAAAUAAAAAUCUCCCAUGAGCAGCGGCAGCGGUCCGGCUCCCGGUGUUACGGCACGGAUGUGUGCGUUGGUCAGAUGGAGCUCCUGGAGUGUCUCUUCCCCUGUGACUCGCAGCGUGUCCCUCCUCAGUACACGGAGCUGCUGAAAUUUGCCCUGGAUAAUGAUCCUGACUGCCGGUCAUCUCCGUGCGUUCACUUACACUGCAAGCGUUUAGAAAACCGAGGAGCACAGGGCAGCUCUGGGCGCCUGAGUUCUCUCCCACAGAGGUCCGAGCUGCACGUCCAGCUGUCGUCUGCCUCCUGCGAGCUCGACAUCACCAUCGUGGACAGGUUAAACUCGCUACUGCAGGUGCAGAAGUUGGGAACCGUGGAAAUGAUGACCUCACAUCUCUUCACGUCUUACAACAAGCACAUUAGUCUGCACAAAGACUUUCCUGAGGUUCUUCUGGACGACUCUCGAUCUCCUGCAAACACAAGGACAUCCGUCCUGGUUUCCGCACCGUCACUCAACCUUGCCGUGCGCUUCCCGAUUCCUGACCUCCGAUCCGACCAAGAGCGAGGUCCUUGGUUCAAGAAAUCCCUCCAAAAAGAAGUCUUACAUUUAAACUUUUCCGAUGUGGAGUUUAAGACUGAGGUCCGUAGCGGCAGCUCCCCGGAACAACUGAAGCUGGAGCUCACAUUUAGAGAGCUAACGGGGGCCUUCCAGGAGGACAGCGAUGGCCAGCAGAUCCAAUUCCUCAAGGUUGUGAAGAAGAACAAUGGAGUGGAUGGAGAUAUGACCACAUCUGACAACUUUGACUGGCCAAGGAUUGUGCUGAGAAUCAAUCCCAUCGCUGUGCACUCCAUCCUGGAGCGAGUCUCUGCAGAGGAAGAUGAUGAAGUCGAUGGAAGAUUUCAGGAGGAUGAUGAAGGAACUUCCCACUCACUUAAAGAUGUCUGUGACUUCAGGCGUCCAGAGCCGUCACCGUUCUCCUCUCGAAGGGUCAUGUUUGAAAAUGAAGAGAUGGUGAUGCCUGGAGAUGCCAUAGAAAUGACUGAAUUCCAGGAGAAAUCCAUCAAUAACUCCCAUUAUGUGUUGGAGCUGACUCUGCCCAGUAUGUACUUGAUGCUACCAAAUAAAGUCUUCUAUGAGAAGCUCUACAACAGGAUAAGCAAUGAUUUGCUGCUCUGGGAGCCCACCGCCCCCUCACCGGUAGAGACCUUUGAGAACUUAUCCUAUGGAAUCGGCCUCUCUGUGGCGAGCCAGCUCAUCAACACCUUCAGCAAGGACUCCAGUGGAGCAUUUAAGUCUACACUUCAUUAUGAUGAUGACAGCGGUUCAGAGGAAGAAACCUUACAAUACGAUUACAUCCUGGACUCCAACUAUCAUAAUCGGAGAAAGAAAAAGCUUGAGUGUCCGAGCAAACAAUCUCAGAGCUUCCUGUCCGUCCUGGUGAACAUCAACCAUGGUCUGGUCUCUUUAUUUACAGAUGUCAAGCAGUCAGAUGGAAAGAUAAUGGAAGGCAAGCACGGGGAGUUCUGGCUGGAAUUCAACAGCGGAUCGCUCUUCACAGUGACUAAAUAUGAAGGAUUGGAGGACAAGCACUUCUUAUGUCUCCAUGCCGGCAGCCUGAGUCUGUACCAUCAAGGUGUUUUGGACGGCGUAGUUGUUCCAUCGGAGCUCAGACUCCCGAGCCUGCCCCAGCCGCACUGGUUAGAGCCGACCAUUUAUUCCUCCGGAGAAGACGGGAGUCAUCGUGCCUCUAGUAACGGCGUGGGAGUGGACACCAUGAGCAUGCUGACCGUGGCCGUAAAAAUCCAGUCCGAUAAAUCUGACGGCAACACAAAGGAAUUCCUUGUCGCUGUGGGUCUGCGAGGGGCAACACUGAAACACCGGGUUCUUCCGUCUGAACACACCUGGCACGAGCAGAUACUGCAGUUUCUGAAUAUUACGGACGAGCCAGUUUUGGGCUAUAACCCUCCUACCUCCAUCACUACCUUCCAUGUUCACCUCUGGAGUUGUGCUUUGGAUUACAGGCCUCUCUACCUGCCUAUCAGAGCUCUGCUGACUGUGGAGACCUUCAGUAUUUCCUGCAGUGUCGCUCUGGAUAAAUCCUCCUCCAGUCUUCGGAUUAUCCUGGAUGAGGCCGCCCUGCACUUAUCUGACAAGUGCAAUGCUGUGUCUGUCAACCUAAGUCGAGAUUACGUCCGCGUUCUGGACAUGGGGCUCUUAGAACUGACUAUACUGGCCGUGAAGUUUGGGGAAGAGAACAAGCCACGUUUCGAGAUGUACUGCUCCAGUGAUGUGAUUCAUAUCAGGACGUGCUCCGACUCCUGCGCUGCGCUAAUGAACCUUAUCCAGUACAUCGCCAGCUACGGAGACCUGCACCCGCCCAGCAGAGCCCAGGCUUCCCCCAGAGCACAGCAGAAAGCCAAAAAGACUGACGCCUCUACAGGAUCCAGCUCCAGGGGCCCAAUGCUGGCGGAGAAAGAACAGCAGAUUCUGCGCGAUUUAAUGAGCGACGCCAUGGAAGACACGGACGUUUACCAGGAUGCUGUGCCAGCAGAAUUCCAGCUGAAUGGAGUGUCCGAGAGCCGGUCAGAACUGCAGAAGGCGCCUUGCUCAGACCUUUUUCUGUUUCCUGAUGAAAGUGGAACUUUAUCUGAAGAAUCCAGCCCCACAUUCACGACGGCCGCUCCGCAUCUCAUCACUGAUGCCAUUCUUGAUGCUCCACUCGAAAGCGAUGACUUCUGCAUUCUGUACGCUCCCAAGACGCCAGUGUCGGAUAAAGAUGGAGAGCCGGCGGUGAGGAAGCUGGUCGAUGAUGCCAUUCUGAUUAAGGAAAACUAUUUCAGCUCUCCUGGGAGAAAGUCUGACACCAGCAAAGCCCCCCUUAACUUUCCUGUCCCUGUCGUCCGAUAUGUGGUAAAAGAGGUCUCCCUAGUAUGGCAUCUGUAUGGGGGCAAAGACUUUGGAAACGCUGCACCUUGUUGUUCUCCGGCCAAACAUUACAUGAGCCCCCACAGCUCACCGUCAAGUACACCAACGAGGAGAGCCAGCAGUUUAGUCCGUGGUGGUCGGGGAAGGAAUCAAGAUUUGCUGAUGGAGAUCCAACUGACCAAGGUUAGGUUCCAGCAUGAAGUUUACCCACAGGCUGAUGAGGUGGUGGAACGUACACUUUCCGAACAGCCAGUAUCACGCCAGGUGUUCAUCGUCCAGGACCUGGAGAUUAGGGAUCGCUUGGCCUCUUCUCAGAUGAACAAGUUCCUUCACCUGUACAGCAGCAAGGAGAUGCCAAGAAAAGCCCAUUCUAAUAUGCUCACAGUCAAAGCCUUACAUGUGCGACCAGAGUCUUCCCAUUCCCCACAAGAAUGCUGUCUGCGAGUGACGCUCAUGCCGCUCCGCCUCAACAUUGACCAGGAUGCCUUGUUUUUUUUUAAAGAUUUCUUCACAAGUCUUUCUGCAGAAGUGGAAAUACUGGUGACUCCAGACCCUGAAGUUAAAAGACCCCCAGGUUCUGACGUCACAUGCACUUUGCCAAAGCAUCUGAACCCCCAAGAAAGAAAUCCUGUGAUUUCAUUUCUUGGACAGAAUCAGCCGGUGAGAAAUGGGGACAUGAAUUUUGCAGAGUUUGACGAUGACUCCAUGAGCGAUGUCUCCACAUUUGACGACCAGCCUGUGUUUUUCCGGGAGUUCAGAUUUAUCGCUGAGGUUCCAAUAAGAUUAGAUUAUCACGGAAAACAUGUCUCCAUGGACCAGGGUACAUUAACUGGAAUAUUAAUAGGAUUGGCUCAGCUGAGCAACUCGGAGUUAAAGCUGAAGAGACUCUGCUACCGGCACGGUCUAUUAGGAGUGGAUAAACUGUUCUCCUACGCCAUCAAUGAAUGGCUGACGGAUAUAAAGAGGAGCCAGCUGCCCGGCAUCCUGGGAGGAGUGGGGCCGAUGCAUUCUUUAGUUCAACUAGUCCAAGGUCUUAAGGAUUUGGUGUGGCUGCCCAUAGAGCAGUACUAUAAAGAUGGCCGCAUUGUUCGAGGCUUUCAGAGAGGGGCUGCGUCAUUUGGCACAUCCACCGCCAUGGCUGCUCUGGAACUGACCAACCGAGUCGUGCAGACCAUACAGGCUGCUGCAGAGACCGCCUAUGACAUGGUGUCACCUGGACCAAGUCCUGUAGAAUUAAGAAGAGCAAAGCGAUUUUCUCACCAUAGGCUGGUGCAUCAACCCGUUGACCUACGAGAAGGCGUCGCGAAAGCUUACACCGUGGUUAAAGAGGGGAUCACAGACACGGCUCAGACCAUCUAUGAGACAGCAGCUCGCGAACACGAGAACAGAGGGGUCACCGGCGCAGUGGGCGGAGUCCUCCGACAGAUACCACCCGCUGUUGUCAAACCACUUCUAGUCGCAACGGAAGCCACAUCAAACGUGCUGGGUGGAAUGAGGAACCAGAUCAGGCCUGACGUCCGGGAGGAAGAGUCACAGAAAUGGAGAAUAGAAGAAGGAUAGAGCGGAGAGCUGGCGGAGCGUGCGGACAUACAGCAGGGUGAAUACUGUGACCCAAAAUUACCAGGCUGGCUCAAAUUAAGCUUUUUUUUUUUUUUUUUUGGCUCAGGAACGGGUGACUCUUACCUACCACAUUUGGAACCUACCUGGGUGCACUGACAUAUGCAGCUCAGCUAUCAUGGCUCCUCAGCUUCAGCUCCCUCCGUGAAU